AUGACCGGGAAUUUGCUCGCCGAACGUCACGCCCUCCGAGGGGUUUUUCUGUACGAGUUCCCCCAAAGCUGCAAUUGCAACGAAGCUCGUCGUAACAUGUGUGCAGUGUUAGGCAAGAACUCUGUCACCUACAAUACCAUGAAGUUUUGGUUCGAAAAGUUCACGAAAAAGAACUACGAUCUCGAUGAUAAACCAAGAUAA